AUGCCGCCGAGCAAGAUGGACUCCGUCGCGUCGCACGCGGUGCGGUACGAGAACCCUGUUUACGGCGAUGCAGAGGAGGACCUCCCAGCGGACGUCGCCGCGGCGGAGGACGCGUCGCCGCUGCGCACGCUCGAGGGCGGCGUCGGCCCGGUCGUCCCCGGCACGCCCGGCCGCCUGGACAAGCCGGAGCCGGAGCGCCAGGGCACGUUCACCGCGGUGGGGCGCUACCGGCUCGCGAACCGUGUGCCGGACCUGCGCAAGGCCCCGAAGACGCUCGCGUCGGCCGUCCCGAACCUCAUGUCGGAGAACAUCAAGUACAACCCGAUUUUCGACCAGUCGGGCCUGCUGCUAAAGAUCCCCCUCCUGGGCUGGCUCAUGCUCGGGAGCCAGGGCCUCGAGCUCGCGCGGGAGUCCUCCGACCCGCAGCGCGGCCUCCAGAACCCGCGCAUCCUGCACAAGUGGAUCCAGGUGCCCACCGCGGAGUCGUACAUGAUCCUCUUUGCGUCGUCCGUGGCGCGCGUCUUCCUCCCGCACCUGACGCUCUUCACGACGGUCAUCGUCAUCCUGCUCUCGAUCGGGUACAACGACCUCCCGCUCAACGGCGCCGAGAUCAUGAUCCAGUGCAUCGCCGUCGUCGGCAUCUCCUUCCUCAUCCUCAUGUCCCUCAUCCAGUCCCUCUGCAAGCGGUACAUCUACUACCGCCUCCUGCGGCACGGGUACAUCAUCGACCUGCGGAACUACUCGGGCCUCCAGGUGUUCUUCUCGCACGACCGCAUCGUCGUCACCGUGUGCUGCCUGGCGCUGAUGGGCUACGACAUGUUCCUCGUGUCGCUCAUGACGCUGCGCGGGGGCGCGAGCGGGGCCGCGAUGCUCGCGCCGCUCAUCGUCGUCAUCGUGCAGUGCAUCCUCCUCGCGCAGUGGAACGCCACGGUGCUCAACAUCGAGGACACGCUGAUCACGGUGAACAAGCUGAUCGAGAACGCGAAGAUCUCGUUCGGCAACGACGACAUGGAGCUCCAGGGCGCGCUGGCGUUUUUGUUCUCGACGCAGGGCAUCAACACGGAGGACGAGGACGAGCUGACGACGAAGCGCCUCCGGGCCGCGCAGGACCUCCCGUACGACGAAGAGACCAUCCAGCACGACAACCCGCACGCCGUCUACCUCCGCACCAACCUCGAAGCCGCUAUGCUCAAGGUCCGCAACGCCCGCGCGGCGUGGCUGCGCGACAAGGUGCUGCAGCUGUCCCCCGACGACCUGGGCGCCUCGCGCGAGGACCUCGCGGCGCGCAUCCUCCCGCGCCUGCGCCUCCUCGACGAGAACAACCUCAUGACGAAGCGCACCUUCAAGCGCGGCGCGCGCGACCACGAGGGCACGCUCAAGGCGCUGGCGCACGACCUGGCCGCCGCGUUCAAGCCGUCGGUGUUCAACCUCGGCUGCUGCGGCUACGUGAAGCGCGAGAAGUUCGACUUCGCGGUCCAGCGGUGCUACUGGGAACUCGACGGCAUCCUGGACUUCCACAACCGGGAGAACCGCGCGCUCACGGACCCGGCCUCGGAGCUCUUCUGGCCGGACAACCACCAGCUGACGUGCGGGUGGGACACCGUGAUGCAGGCCGAGUACAGCAAGCAGUCGUGGAAGUCCACGAAGACCGACGACGACAUCUGGGACAAGCUCGGCAAGUGGGACAAGUUCGAGCGCUUCAUGGCGGGGUACACGUACAGCUUCCUGCGCGACAACGUGCUGGGCGAGCCGGACGACCGGGCGUUCGCGGGUCUGAUCGCGCGCCUCGUGAUCCUCUCGAUCAUCCUCGUCAUCGCCUUCGUGCUCUACGCGGUGUGGGCCGCGUUCGGCAACGCCAUGGACAGCCAGUGCGACGCGGCGUCGGAGCUCGCGGAGGACAUCGACCAGGUCUGCACGGCGUUCGUCAUCGGCGGGAGCGAGAUCGGGGCGGCGCGCGAGACCUGCUCCGCCCGGGGGUUCAACUAA